AUGGCCUCGUGUCUCUACGAAUGCCUCUGCGAGGCAGAACUCGACAAAUACUACCCCAAUUUCGCCGCCCUCGGCUUCCAGAAGAUCGACGAACUUGCCAAGGUCUCCAUGAAGGAUUACACCAGGCUGGGGGUUCACAACAUGAAGGACCGCAAGCACCUCUUCCAGCUCAUUAAAAUAAUCAAAAUCUUGCAGGCGGAAGAGGAAGCGGCUAAGAAAAACAAGCAACGCUUUCAGACAGGCGCUGUCUACUUCCAGUCUCAGGUUACCAGAGCUGGUCCUCGUAGGCAACUGCACUUUGGUUCUGCCUCGGACAAAAGAGACAAAGGAAAAGACCCCCAAACUGGGAUGUGUAGACUCUCCAGUUGUUUUGCAAGGAGAGAUAAAGAUGACUUAGCCACAGUGCUGGGGCAUGACUCAGAGUACAAAAGACACCAGAAGGACAUUGUGCAUGCACCCGCCACUUGGACAGAAUGCAAGCUAGACUUUCCGACUACGAAUUUGUCCAGCAAUAUCAACCCUCUGUUAGGGGAUACCGAAGACCCCGUUGUCCAAAGAGUAGCUCAUAUUUCUGGUUAUAACUAUGGAGUGCCACAUUCAUGUGCCAGGCCUAAUACCUCUGAGAAAGAAAUCCCCUGGACUGAGACUGACAAGAUACGGGUGUGCGUCAGAAAACGUCCGCUGGGUUUAAGGGAGGAGCGGCGCGGAGAAGUGAACAUCGUCACAGUGGAAGAUAAAGAAACUCUCCUGCUUCAUGAGAGAAAGGAGGCUGUUGAUCUCACCCAAUACAUUCUGCAGCAUGUGUUUUACUUUGACGAAGUCUUUGGGGAGGCAUGUUCCAAUCAGGAUGUGUACAUGAAGACCGCUCAUCCCCUCAUCCAGCACAUAUUCAAUGGCGGCAACGCCACUUGCUUUGCGUAUGGGCAGACUGGGGCCGGCAAGACCUACACUAUGAUCGGCUCGCACCAAAACCCGGGGCUGUACGCCCUGGCGGCCAGAGAUAUCUUCCGACACUUAGAAACAUCCCAGGCCGGGAAAGACCUUCACGUCUGGAUUAGCUUUUACGAGAUCUACUGCGGGCAGCUUUACGACUUGCUAAAUGGAAGGAAGAGGCUUUUUGCCCGGGAAGACAGUAAACACGUCGUGCAAAUAGUCGGGCUGCAGGAAGUCCACGUGGAUACCGUCAGCUUGCUUCUAGAGGUAAUUCUGACUUGCGGGAAGGAGAGAGACACGGGGGCCACCGGCGUAAAUUCGGAUUCGUCUCGCUCGCACGCCAUCAUCCAGAUUCAGAUUAAAGACACGGUGAACCGAGUGUCCGGGAGGAUCUCGUUCAUCGAUCUGGCGGGCAGCGAAAGAGCAGCUGAUGCCAGAGACUCUGACAGGCAGACAAAAAUGGAAGGCGCAGAAAUAAAUCAAAGCCUUCUGGCGCUUAAGGAGUGCAUCCGUGCCCUGGACCAGGAACAUGCUCACACUCCCUUCAGGCAAAGCAAGUUGACUCAGGUCCUGAAAGAUUCUUUCAUCGGCAAUUCCAAGACGUGCAUGAUCGCCAACGUCUCUCCCAGUCACAUCGCCACAGAGCACACCCUGAACACCUUGCGCUAUGCUGACAGGGUGAAAGAGCUGAAGAAGGGGAUGAGAUGCUGCGCGCCAGUCGUGAACCGGCGGCGGUCAACCGGAAGCAUGUCUCCAAAACGCAUCCAGAGUUCCCCGUGCGUGCAAGCAGGGGAGAAGUCCUCGCCAAAGAAGGUGAAACUGGGCUUCCAGUCUCCAUCCGUGGCCAAGGCUCCUCCUUCGCUGUUCCACCUGAUGAACCCCCCUCUCUCUUCGACCCCAAAAGGAGCCGCUCGCAAAGGGCCUCCCGACACUGCUUGGCCCAGCCACCCCGCCCCACUGAAAGGAGCUCUGGGGGCCGGCCUGCCAGCCAAGAAGACGCCCGAGGACCUCGUCCCACGUUCUGACCACGGCCGCCUCGGGCAGGACCGGGUAGCCCGGGGGGCUCCCUCUCCCAGGACCGCAAGGGAAGGCAGCCAAGGAGACCGGCUGCGGGUCAGGAGCCGGAAAGUCCCACCGGUGCGCAAGCAGCUGAUUUCCAGAGCCAGCUUCUCCCUGCCGGCCCACGUGCCAGACAGCGGGAGGGUGUUCGCCGAGCAGUGCGCCGCAGCGUGGAUGAGCGUCCUGCCGCAGCAGAAGGACCGGGAGCAGCACCUCCGCCUUUACCACCAGCGGUUCCAGCAGCCGCCCAUUCUGCAGGAGAAGCUGAACUGCCAGCCCCUGGAGAGGUUCCUGGGCCAGUACAAGCCGCAGGAGGUCUGGGCGCAGUCCGAGCCCCCCGGCCUGCCUCCUGCCUCCCCCCCGGGCCAAGACGAGACCAUGCAGCUGGAGGACCUGGACGACAGCGACUUCAGCGAGGACUCCUUCUCGCCUGGGCCCAGCCGUAGGAAGCCCCAGGCCGAAGCGGCCACGGGAGGCAGCCAGGGCUCGUUUUUCCUCCAUCAGAGGGAGUGCGGGACUGACGGGAGGGAAGUCCAGGUCGGGCAGGAGCUGUUUUUUGAACUGCUUGAGAGUAAAGAGGAGGCCUCACUGAGGACGGAGGAGGCCGUUAGCGGCGAGGAAAGCCCUAAGAGUCAGUCCGACUGGAGCGCAGAAGACGUCUUGGUGCUGGAUUCCUCUCCACGGAACGACACGCCAGAGAAGCCUUACUGCCUGCAAGGAGACAGCGUCGGGUGCAACAGGAGCGACACCGAAGAGCCUCCUCUCGGGCGAAAUCUGCUCUGCUGUAUCGGUCUCGGUUUCGGAUGCCCUGAAGCAAGCUGCUCCAGGUCAGAGAAGGCGGCCCAGAUCUCGCCUUUCGCCCAGGCCCUGGGAUCCGCGAGAGGCGUUGCCCGUUGCCCGAGGGAAGACUCUGUCAAAGACGGCUUGGGAAAUUUAGAAAAGGGGCUCCAGAAAGGAAGCGACCUCUCCGGACCUCUGGGAUUCCCGUUGGACUUUGUUGCAGGAACGAGGACUCCGUUGACGGGGUCACUGCUUGAUGGCGAGAGGGCAGGUGCUGCAGAGGAAGAUGCUCCAGACCAGGGGCACGGAAAGGCUCCACACGAGGAGGAGAGAGAGGAGAAAGUCUCCUUUCGCCCCCAGCUGCAAGUGGGAGAGGACCCCAGACCGUUCCUUGGGAAUGAAGCCUCUCCUCCAGCCCCCGAGCGUGAAACGGAUCCAUGCAGAAGGCAGGCUGUCCAGCCACUUUCUCCGCAAGCCAAGUGGCUCUCCCAGUUUUGUUACAGUCCGAAGGCUCUUUCUUCCUUGGGAGACGCAUCCCCCUCGAGUGAGCUUCACGGCUGUGUUUGCGGGUUUUCUGCCCGAGACCCAGGCCCAGCAGAGGUCUUCUCCCCGUGGAAAGGGAAGGAAGGCCCUUUGCUUCUUGGCAACCCGCAGGGCGGUGAGGUUGCCCCGGACACAGAAGCCACCACGAUUGCCUCGUUAAGCGGUCCGGGGCCACUCCGCUUGGGUGGGAAAGACUGCUCCGAACCCACGACGCUGCUGAAGCACAUUGAUGCUCUGGAGCAGGCGUUUGUCUCAAAGGCAUCAGAGAAACAGGAACCCUCCGGAGAAAGCCCCCCACCGCAGCCCGUCCGGAAACGGGAGCGCAGCCCUCCGCAAGAGCCGUUCGAGCUGACAUUGAGCAGUGAGGAAACAGGGCCCUCUAAGUACAGGAGCGUUUCGGAAGGAUCCGUUCAGAAAUCUCCGGAGGCUGCCGAACAGGAUUCGGGGACGAACAUCCGGUCUCCCCAGAGCUGCCUGAAGGACGCCUCCAAAAGAUUACUCUGUAAGGAAGCGUCGGGAAGCCAGCCCCCUGACCACAGUCGGACUGCCGCUUCCCGGAUCGCUUGUCGUUUCUGGGCCGUCUUCAAGGGCAGCCCCGCGUAG